AGCUCUUAGAAUUUAGUCAUUUUCACGUUGUGACCAUUGUCUUCCUGUGCAGAAGAGAAGAGCGUUUCCCCCGCUGAUCAUGGCCAGACCCACAGAGAACAUGAACAAUGCAGUGCUGCCAGACGACCUCCAUGACCUCCUGAGGGAGUUUGACGAGGUGAUCGAAGACUUUGACAAGGGUGAAGUUUGUCAGUAUGAGCAGCAUCUGGAGGAGCUGAAGAGAAGGACCCUCCCCAGUGUCUAUGACAGUGGCAUCGAUGAGCUAGAAAGUACCAGCACGUCUCCUGGGAGCAGUUUAAACUCCAGUGAAGAAGAUCUCAACACGUCGGCCAGCACUGCUAACUCCAAAGCUAAACUCGGGGACACACAGGAGCUGGAGGAGUUCAUUGCGGAUCUGGAUAAAGUGCUAGAGGAGAUGUGAGAUGCUGUCUCUGGCCAGGAGCUCUGAGAAGAGGUUAUGGCAGAACUGAGAUGUUCCACCCCAUCCUUUCAUGUUCUGCUCUGGAAGAACAGGGUCUAAAAUUCAUACCCCAUGGGGCAAGGAUAAUACAGGCACGCUUUCCAUCUGCAGAGCAACUGUCCAGCAACAACAGACCUGAAGUGCAAAUCCAUCAUGCCUGAGAAUCCUGGCAGGUCCCUCUUCAGACAAUCAGCAUAAAUGGCAAAUACUGAUUCAUCUCAGGGUGGGGGGACCUGCGAGUUGGGAUUUAUUUAGGUACUGGCCUUGGCAUGUUUCCUUCUGCAUUUGGUGAGCUACUAACCACAAACUUUCCACUUUCAAGGCAAAAUUUCUCCAGUUGUUACCCAUAGCACUCCUCCACCCUCCUCUUCCCAAUGUAUUGUCUCCCCAUCUCUGAGGGUAGGGUAGAGUGUUCUGAGGAGACCUCUUUACUCUGAGCAGAAUUGCAAGUGCUGGAAUUGUAAGCCAAGGUAAGCUACCCCUGGAGUCCAGAGUCCCAUCUGUAAUGAGAAGGAAAGCAGGGUGAAGCCUCUUUAUUUCCCAGCUCCAUCAGGGUCCUCUCUAUGAGACAUUGUACAGUAUUUCCUGGGCCUGUGGACAAUGGUUUUGCUCUUAAUGAACCUCCUGGCUCCUGCAGUACUUUAACACUGCAGGGCUCUUUGGCAUCAGUGGUAGCUCUUCUGGCAAAUACCACCUGCAGCAAUUGAGGGGCAUCUCCAUUUUAAAGUUAGCUAAAUGUCUGCUCAUGCUCUAGGCACCUUCCAUACGGGUUUCAGAUGGGUUAGGCUAGCAAUGGAUUGCCAUUUAUCGUAGUUUGAGUAGAGAGAGACCCAUACUAACCCUCUGGACCUCCAUUAGAGGUAUAAUGGGACUGUGCAAACCACCAGAGCUGAACAUCCCUCACCUUUGGAUUUGGGUCACAGCUUUACAGCUGAUAACACCAAAUUUUGUGUUGAUCCAUAUUGACCAAAGGAGGCUGUUGAAUCCUAACAAAUGGCCUUUAAUAAUGAUUCCAAGCCAGAUCUUCAGCUGCCAUAAAUUGACGUAUCUCUGUUGACGUCCAUGGAGCAAUGCCAAAGUACCACCAGCUGAGGAUCUGUGCAAUGAGGUGUCUCUCUUCAGGUUCAGGAAGAUAGCUAUUGCCUAAAUUAGUGGCUUUCAACCUGUGGCCCGUGAACCCUUGGGGGUCCAUGAACUAUGAUUUCCAAAGGGGUCCACAUCUCUAUUUGAAAUUUUUUAGGGGUCUGCAAAUGAAGAAAAAGUUGAAAACCACUGGCCUAAAUAAACAGAUAAUGGUUCUUACUUUCUCAUAAGUCCCCAGCUGUUUACUGGAUGUCUUCAGACCAGACCCUAAGUGCCUCUGUCUUGAAUGCUUGUAUUCUGUUGUAAAUAUUGUAAAAUAAGGUUGAUUCUAAAAUUUUUAUACAGACAUGCAUGUAUUUUAUGAAUAAAAGGAUUUUGUGGAA